AUGGAUCAGAAAUGGCUUUCAGUCGUCCUCGUUCUCUCAGCUGUGUGUGGUGUAUCUCCAUAUGUUCCUCAUCGGUAUCACUUUGUGAAUCAGAAUAAAACCUGGACUGAAGCUCAGAGCUACUGCAGACAGACCUACACUGAUCUGGCCACCAUCAACAACAUGGACGAGAUGAAGAAGCUGAACGAGCUGCUGCAGGGUAAAGCUAAGAGCUCGGUUUGGAUCGGCCUGAGCAGGGGGAGCACUGUGAAGUGGUGCUGGUCUCUGGCGAGGGACAAUCCCAGCACACAGAAUAUAACGUACUUCAUCUGGGAAGGAAGAGACCCAGACAACAGAGAAGGAAUUGAGUUCUGUGUUGCAUCCGCUGCAUACGGCUGGUUUGAUGCCAUGUGCUUGACUCAAUAUAAAUUUAUGUGCUAUGAUGAAAAGAUGACGGGCUCUGACAGAUACAUAUUCAUCAAUGAGAAGAAGAGCUGGAGUGAUGCUCAGAGCUACUGCAGAGAACAUCACACAGACCUGGUCAGUGUGAGGAACCAGACUGAGAACCAGCAGAUCUCCAAAAUUACAAAUUUUGGAACUGCUUGGAUUGGGCUGUUUAAAGACACCUGGGAGUGGUCGGAUCAGAGCAGCUCCUCAUUCCGAUACUGGAAGUCUAAUCCUGAUGAGCUGAUCUUGAUCCAGCAGAAUCUGAGCUGGGCAGAAGCUCUGAGAUACUGCAGAGAGAAUCAUGUGGACCUGGUCUCAGUUCACUCUGAGGAGAUCCAGCUCUGGGUGAAGGAUGUGGCUCAGAAAGCCUCCACUGAUCAUGUGUGGCUGGGUCUGCGUCACACCUGCACUCAGGGAUUCUGGUUCUGGACGAGUGGGUUUUCCGUCUGCUAUGAUAACUGGGCUCCAGGUAACGGUGCAGAGGGAGAACAGUGUGAGCCUGUGGUCAGAACCGGAGCGGUGCAGGCUAGAGGAGAUCAGCAGUGGGUCAGCCUGCCUGAGAACCAGACUCUCAACUUCAUCUGCAUCAAAUAUGAAGAUUAG